AGAACUUCGGGCUCCUGUGGCUGCCCCCGCGCCGUACCCGCACACAGCUGCCUGGCUGAGGUUCAUGUGCACUGGCAAGGGGCCAGGAGCUGAGCGGGCCCGGGAGCAGCGGGUACAGACAGCAUCUGGGCUCUCCCAGCAGAAAAACCCACCAUGGCCUACCACAGCUUCCUGAUUGAACCCAUCAGCUGUCACGCCUGGAACAAGGACAGAACCCAGAUUGCCAUCUGUCCAAACAACCAUGAGGUCCACAUUUAUAAGAAGGAGGGAACCAAGUGGGCUAAGGCCCACGAGCUUAAGGAGCACAAUGGACAAGUAACGGGCAUUGAUUGGGCCCCUGAGAGCAACCGCAUCGUCACGUGCGGCACAGACCGCAAUGCUUAUGUGUGGACCCUGAAAGGGAACAUCUGGAAGCCCACCCUGGUCAUCCUGCGGAUCAACCGGGCCGCCCGCUGCGUCAGGUGGUCCCCCAAGGAGAACAAGUUUGCGGUGGGCAGUGGCUCCCGCGUCAUCUCCAUCUGCUACUUUGAGCAAGAGAAUGACUGGUGGGUCUGUAAGCACAUCAAGAAGCCAAUCCGAUCGACCGUCCUCAGCCUGGACUGGCACCCCAACAACGUGCUGCUGGCUGCUGGCUCCUGUGAUUUCAAGUGCCGAAUCUUCUCAGCUUAUAUCAAGGAGGUGGAAGAGAGACCCUCACCCACCCCGUGGGGCUCCAAAAUGCCCUUUGGCGAGCUGAUGUUCGAGUCUAGCAGCAGCUGUGGCUGGGUCCACAGCGUCUGCUUCUCUGACAGCGGCAACCGCAUGGCCUGGGUGAGCCACGACAGCACCGUGUGCCUGGCUGAUGCCAACAAGAAGAUGGCGGUGGCCUCCCUGGCCUCAGAGACCCUGCCCCUUCUGGCGCUCACUUUCAUCACCGAAAACAGCCUGGUGGCGGCGGGGCAUGACUGCUUUCCCAUGCUCUUUACCUAUGAUGGCGCUUCUGGGGUGCUGAGCUUCGGGGGGCGGCUCGACGUGCCCAAGCAGAAUUCCCAGCGUGGGAUGACCGCCCGAGAACGCUUCCAGAGCCUGGACAAGCGGGCCAGUUCUGAUAGCUCUGCUGGCCUGGACACGCUGCACAAGAACAGUGUCAGUCAGAUCUCUGUCCUCACUGGGGGGAAAGCCAAGUGCUCCCAGUUCUGCACCACUGGGAUGGAUGGAGGGAUGAGCAUCUGGGACGUCAAGAGCUUGGAGUCCGCCCUGAAAGAUCUCAAAAUCCGAUGAGCCAGACGUGACAGGGAGGUGGUUUCCCCACCUGUCCUAGGAGUAGGAGGCCCUACGCCGCCAGGCAUGCUCAUGGAUGCCAGCUUCGCUUCCCUCUUUCCUUCUGCAAACCUGACUUUGCCAAAGCCCAAAUGGGCUAAGCAGCCCCAUCUUUGCCUCUGUCCUCCGGGACAGUCAGAGGUACCUUUUUCUUAAAUGUCCACAGAAAAUGCCCUUGAUAUCAAUGCUUUCUUUUAUAUGUAUAUAUAUAAAACAGAACUAUGCUGGUCAUAAGCUGCUUCAACAUGUUGAAAGAAUAAAAAUGGAAACCA